AUGCCCUUGCGCCCUUCGCUCCUGUGUGCGCCCAUCACUGCCGACUCGCUUGAGGUCUUCGCUCAGCCAACCCGCUGCAGGCAGCUCAAGGUGUUUCUGUUUAGCAUGAAUAAGAGGGAGACACCUGGCAUGUACAAAGUGCUCUCCACCACCUUCCGCAAAGACGCUCUCUUCGCCCUGGUUUGCGUGCUUCCUUGCUCUUACGUCCCCUCUGCUGUGCGCGCUCUAUCCCGCUCCCUGGUGCAUGAGAGAGAGAAGAAGGUUGUUGUUUGA